CCUCAUUCACUCUUCCUUAAUCCCCUUUAUUCACAUUCUAUCUUUUUCCCCCUUAUCACGUUCUAAGAUCUCUCCACCACCGCCUAUAAAAAUUCACCAUAUUUCUUUUCAAAAUCCACCAUAUUCUAUCUUUUAGGCCUUCAAAAAAAAUGGCAAUGAAAGGUCAAAACACCAGUCAAUACACACUCCCUUUAGUUUGUUUCUUAAUCAUACUUAUGGAUGUUAUAGCUGGAAUCCUCGGCAUUCAAGCCGAGGUAGCUCAAAACCAGGUGCAAAGUUUAAGGGUGUGGAUCGUUGAAUGUCGAGAUCCAAGUAACAAAGCUUUUAAGUUAGGUUUUGCAGCAGCGGUGCUUUUAGCAUUUGCUCAUGCCAUUGCAAACAUUCUUGGUGGUUGUCAUUGUGUUCGAUCUCGAGAAGAGCUAGACAAUGUCUCGUAUAACAAGCGGUUGGCUUUCGGGUCCCUCGUUUUCUUAUGGAUUACACUAGUCGCUGGAUUUAUCAUGCUAACAGCAGGAGUUAUGGCGAAUUCAAGUUCAAGAAAAUCAUGUGGAAUUUCACACCAUCGUUAUCUCUCCAUUGGUGGCAUUGCGUGUAUCAUCCACGCCAUGUUUGCAGUGUGUUAUUACAUUUCUGCCACCACCGUCGAAAGAGAAGAAAAAAAGUUGAAUCCACCUAGUGUUAUGCACCCCCCACCACAACAAACACCUGUUUAAUUUUUUAACUUUCGGAACCAUUUGUUACAAACGGUACUGUGUUUGUGUCUAUACUGAGUUACAAAUUCUACUGUGUUUGUUAUGCAGUGUGUUUGUUAUGCAGUGAGACUGACUGUAGUUUUAUAGUCACACCUAAAAAGGUGUGACAAGAUACAAGGUGUCGGUUUUUUUUUCUUUUAUAUUUUUUUGAGGUUCUAUUCUUGUAUGACUUAGUUUGGUGCUA